CCAAGAAAAUAGUGGGCCUUAUUUCUCUAGUGGGCCAUUAGAUUUACCCAAAAAUGAAUGAAAUCCAAUUCCAAUUUUUCUGAAUCACAAAACCCUAGUUUCUUCUUUGUCCAAACAAAACCCUAACUUUUUUCAGCGUCUCAGCCUUCGUUCCGUUCAACAAUGGCUACUAUACCUGUUAAUCCCAAGCCUUUUUUGAACAAUUUGACUGGGAAGCAUGUUAUUGUGAAACUAAAAUGGGGAAUGGAGUACAAAGGUUAUCUUGUUUCAGUUGAUUCCUAUAUGAACUUGCAGUUGGCCAACACUGAAGAGUACAUUGAGGGAAAUUUUACUGGGAAUUUAGGAGAGAUUUUAAUCAGAUGUAACAAUGUUCUCUAUCUUCGAGGAGUACCAGAGGAUGAAGAAAUUGAAGAUGCUGCUGAAGAUUAGAAUGAAAAAACCUUUGUCAGACGUAACUAUAUUCUCUACCUUUUCGGGAGUGUACUAGAGGAUGAAGAAAUCGGAGAUGCUGCUGAAGAUUAGAAUGAAGAAAACUUCUUACUGUUAUGACAUAAAUUGAACUGAAUUUAUUUACUAUUUUUGUAUCUUCAAUUAAAUGCAUUUGUCUCUGUUGUGUAGUUGUUAUGUGUAGAGAUUUGAAUCAAAGACAGCCUCGUCAAUCGGGGUUCUUGGUGUGAUUCAAUGGGGAUUAUGUAUAGACUACUUAAAUUAGCAUACAUGUUGUGGUUACCAAUA